UACUGCACGCCUACACGCCCCAUUUUGUCAUUCUUAUGUUUUUCAUUCAUUGCCUCUAAUCCUCAAAUCUCAUGUAAAGUAAACCCUAACUCAACAACAGAAACACGCCUCUGCUCUCUCUCAUUCUCUUUCAAAUCUGGUGCCUUCAUCUACAAAAUAUUCCAAAAGGUUCAUCAUCUGUGUUAUUCCCACCGCCAUGGAAUACGAAGAUAGCAGCUACGGUGGGUAUAAGUUGAACCCGUCUCUGAUGAGUUAUUCUUCCUAUGAUCCUGCAUCGCCCAUAGGUUGUAAUAUCUGUUUGAAUCCAAAAUACCGUGCAAACUUCCUUACCCCUUUUGCUAACAAGAUUUUGGAUCAAUUUAAUUCUGAAAAUUCCACUGACUAUGAGCUUGUUGAUUGUGUUGCUCUUGUUAAAUCAACACUUGAAUUUGAUCUUUUUGUUCACUGCAACUUUACUGCCAAGCCCCACAAAUAUCCCUUUGUUGCUGGUGAUUAUUCCACCAAGUUAUUCUAUGCCGAGAUUCGCGGAGAUAUCAAUGGCCAAAUAAAUGCAUCUAAGUAUUCUAUAUUGCAUGGUAUGAAGACCGAGCUUGGCUGUAAGAUGUGCCCAAAUAUAGUUUAUCAUCCCAUCUCUGAAUCUGAUAAGGGACCCUCCUACCAACAAUCUACUAGUCUGUGCCUACAAGAUAAGGUAUGAAGACCGAGUUUGGCUGUAAGAUGUGCCGAAAUAUAGUUUAUCAUCCCAUCUCUGAAUCUGAUAAGAGACCUUCCUACCAACAAUCUACUAGUCUGUGAUGACUAUCAUAUCUCUAUUGUUAUCUAGGCUUGUAAUAAUCUGUUUUACAAAUAUGCUAGUGGAUGUGUGACUUGAUUACUUCAAGUAGUCGGGAGUGUUUUGGCCUAACAAGAUUAACUUGAUUAGUUUAUAAAUAAGUUGGAUGACAUUAAGCUCGACCUAAAAACUUAAUUCUCGUAUGGAUUUGAUUUACCCUA